CAAGAACUGGAAAGAUUUCCACUUUCGACCAUUCGUUCUUUGAACUUCAAGUCAGACAGCUUGGCGGGUGAAAACAACAAUAUGAUUUUGUUUCAAAUAGAUGCGAAAUCGCUACCAAACGGAGAACCGGAGCACAACGAGCUGCAUGCGUUUCAGAUCCUGGACGUUCCCGCGCAACUCGUUGUCGAAGCAAUCAACAAAGCUAGAGAAAGUGAAAAGAAAUUCCCCAAUAUUCCGGUACUUAUUUGUCCAGAAGUGGAAGAGAACUAUUCAUCGAAACCGUCUUCUUCUGGCUCAAUUGGUGAUUCGUAUUCAAGAAAUACACGGAAGAUAAGUUUGCAAGGUUCAACGGAUUCCUCUAAUAAGAUUAUCACAGCAACGAGGCCGGAUGAAGUUGCUGGGCAAUUUGAUUUCAAACGUUUCAUCACCAAUCGAGGUGAUAUCAUCAGUGCGUUAUUGCGGAGCGUGGUGGUGCGUAGCGGUGGGUUGGUGGUUAUGCACAACCCAUAA